AUGAAUAGUAGAACAAGCAAUGCGCCAGAUGAGGUAAUUAGGAGGACUGUGUAUGUAUCUGAUAUUGAUCACAAGGUUACUGAAGAGCAGCUUGCAGUGCUCUUUCAAACUUGUGGACAGGUUGUUGAUUGUCGUAUAUGUGGUGAUCCUAACUCUGUUCUUCGUUUUGCCUUCAUUGAGUUCACUGAUGAAGAGGGUGCGAGGGUUGCGUUGAGUUUGGCUGGGACUAUGCUUGGAUACUAUCCAGUUAGAGUGCUGCCUUCGAAAACUGCAAUUGCACCUGUUAACCCAACAUUUUUGCCAAGGUCUGCUGAUGAACGUGAGAUGUGCUCAAGAACUAUAUAUUGUACCAAUAUCGACAAGAAGGUUACUCAAGCUGAUCUCAAACUCUUUUUUGAAUCAGUUUGUGGGGAGGUUCAACGCUUGAGGCUACUUGGAGAUUAUCAGCAUUCAACUCGUAUUGCAUUUGUUGAGUUCGCAAUGGCUGAAAGUGCAAUAGCUGCUCUUAGCUGUAGUGGUGCUGUUCUGAGAUCACUGCCAAUAAGGGUAAGCCCCUCCAAGACUCCGGUUCGGCCACGUGCUCCUCGUUCACCCUUGCACUGAAUGAUCCUGAUUGUUCCUUGGACUGGUCAACUGCUGAUAAUAUAUCUACAUACAUAUACAUAGAUACAGAAAAUAUCUUUUGAGGUACUUGUGGCGUUUAUGUUAUCUUUUAAUCUUAUGCAUCUCGGCCCGGUAUCUUUGUUACCUGUAAGGGGUUAAUUAUGACUUAUUUCUUGAACAUGUAGAGUUGGGUCAUUAAUGGGAUUUUGAGGAUAUGAAUUACGAAAUCUAUGUUUCACAUCAUGAUGAACCUUGUAGGGGUGGUCCGUAAAAACUAAUGUCAGAAAUAUCUAACUGAAGAUUCUAUGAAGAUAAUUUCUGAGUCUGUUGUGAUUAA